AUGGCAAGCUAUGUGAAGUUCCUCAAGGAUAUACUUACUAACAAAAGGAAGAUCGGGAAAAAUGAAACAGUUGCAUUAACAUAUGAGUGCAGUGCGCUGUUCCAAAAUAACAUCCCCACCAAAAUGAAAGAUCCCGAGAGUUUCACAUUACCCUGCUUAAUAGGGGAAAAGAAGGUCAGAAAUGUGCUAUGUGAUUUGGGGGCGAGUAUAAACCUGAUGCCCUUAUCAAUCUUUAAAAAGUUUAAUAUCGGUAAUGCAAGACCAACCACAAUUACAUUACAGUUAGCCGAUAGAUCAAUAAUGCAUCUCGAGGGCAAAAUAGAGGAUGUACUCGUGCAAGUAGAUAAGUUCAUCUUCCCUGCUGACUUUAUCAUAUUAGAUUAUGAAGCUGACAAAGAGGUGCCUAUCAUCUUGGGUCGCCCAUUUCUUGCAAUAGGGCGAGCACUGAUCAAUGUACAGAAAAGAGAACUUACCAUCAAGGUCGACGAUCAACAAGUUAAAUUCAACGUUCUCAAUACGUUGAAAUACUCGAAUGAUAUGGAGAAUUGUCAAUAUGUUAAGGAAUUGCAGGAAGAACCUUGGCACGAGCCCCUAAAAGAAUCGGAGGAAGAAGAUUUUGGAAUUGGUGCAAUGUGGGAGGAGAAUUGCACCACAAUUCAAAUUGAAUCAGAUUUUUGA